UUGACACGUUAGACUUGUACCGCCACUUUCUAGUCCCCGUCCUUUGUGCGUCUGGUGCUUAUUUCCUCCUCUUCCCGGCAUGUCUUCGCGUUACAGUGGUUAUCAACAAAACAAUGCCUAUGGUGGCUUCAACCCGAACGCUUCUGGACCUGGGUACCGCGCUGUAAAUGACUACAGCAGCAGUGGUGCACAGCGCCCGCUUGAAAAGCUGCAAGCCUUCAGCAAAUCGGUGGAGGAUAGCGUUGACCGCUAUUCGACGCCGCUUCGACCUUAUUUGCCCGUCAUUGGGCGCUUCUUGAUUGUUUCGACGUUCUUGGAGGAUGCGCUGAGGAUGAUGGUGCAGCGGGCUGGUCAGAAUUUGUACUUGCAAACUCAUCGACACUUUCCAUGGGGGGUAUCGCAUCUGUUUUUGCUGGUUAACAUCCUUACUAUGACCGCCGGCUCAGCCAUCAUCAUCACCAAGCGCCCUGGCCUCACCGAGUACUCCGUCUUUGGUCUCCUCGCCGUUGUGGUCAUCCAAGGCCUGGGCUAUGGCCUGAUCUUCGAUUUCGAUUUUUUCUUGCGGAGUCUCAGUGUGAUUGGAGGCUUGUUUAUGGUCUUUAGCGACUCGAUGGUUAACCCGAGUGGGAGGGGAGGGUUUGCGGGGUUACCGAGCAUUACUGAGACGGAUAGGCGGAAGUAUUUCCUCCUGGCUGGCCGUGUCCUCCUCAUUUUCCUCUUCUUGGGAUUUAUCAUCCGAGGACAGUGGACCUUUGGCCGCAUCCUUCUGUCGAUCAUCGGUUUAGCGGCUUGCGCGAUGGUUGCGGUGGGUUUCAAAGCCAAGUGGUCUGCGGCGUUUUUGGUUCUCGUUUUGAGCUCUUUUAAUGUCUUUGCGAAUAAUUGGUGGGCUGUCGAUGAGGAGGAUGUGCAGAGGGAUUUCUUAAAAUAUGAUUUCUUCCAGACUUUGUCGAUUGUGGGAGGGUUGAUUUUGCUUGUUAAUAUCGGACCAGGUGGAAUCUCUGUCGACGAGAACAAGAAGAACUUCUAA